UUCUGCACUGCUGUUGGGGACACAGACCAUAACAUAGAUACAAAUUUCAAAAUCUGAAUAAUAGAAAGCUGCUUUUUGAAAAUAACAUUACAGGAAGAUUUGCUUAUUUCGUAUUGAAACAACUUGAGAUCCCAGAUGUAUCACACUGGUUCUGAUAAGGACUGGAGAGCAGAGAGCUUUCUCCACAACAGCCAGUGGAGGGAAGGCUCGACUUUCACCAAGUUGAAUGGUUCCAGUCUAAAGCAAGUGAACAUAAAGAUAAUGAAUGACUGGAACUGUGGUAGGAAUCCUCUGGGCUCAAUUUUCAGUCGAUCUAUUGUGAAACUACCUGAAACCAAUGAAGACCAGUUUUUUUUGGCGGAGUUACAGAAGAGUGAGAAGAGCCCAGUGUUGCACCUGAAACGAUGUGCACUUAAAGUCAGACCACUGGAGGCAGUGAAGCCCUUGGAGAUGGGUGGCAUUUCAGAGAGAAGGACCCUCGAUGCCUGCUUGAAUGAACGUCUUGAGUGUGAGGGAGGUAUCAGACAUUUGGGUGUAGACCUUCCUAGAAGAGCAGUGGCCCAUGCUCAGGCUUCGAAGCUAGAGUUCUGGUCACAUAAGAAAGGAUUUGGACGCAAAGUAAGUAAAGUUCAGCACAAGAGUAACAGGUUAGCUGAAGGAUAUCUGAAAUCAUUGCUCCUGCAAGCCAUGUCAAAGUUCCAGGAGUUGAGAAACUUUACAGAAAAAUGGAAGUCUUGUCCUUACAAGACGACAGUAAUAGGAAAGGUGUUUUGCAUGAUCUGAACUUUAAAGUCACACAGGAGCCUAUUAAUGUAAACAUCUCACAGCUAAAACGCUCCAGAACCAAUGAAGUUAGAACAAAACUAGACAGAGUCCACUUACCUUUGCCCCUUAGUGAAAAAGACAGGGAGUCACUUUUGGAAAAUAAUUCCCACUUCAUACAUCUCCGAAAGAAG